UAGUCACUCUCUUGUCACUAACUAAUUGGUAUUGGUGACCAUUGAAUUGUUGGUCAAUGCUUUUGUUUACUCAUCACUAUUAUUUGUGACUACUCCCAAAUUCAGGGGUUCACACUAAAAAGGUAAUUUACUUUUGACGAACGGUGGAAAUUUCAGGGGUUCACACUGUAGUUCAGUAGGAGGAAAGUAAGUUUCGCAAAGACUCACCCAUGUGUUUUAGUAGAAUUAUUGUACAGGAGGAGUUGAGGCUAUGGUAACGAUUAUAAAUACACAAUUAAUGCUUGUAUCUUGAGAUAUCAGACAAGCAUAUAUACUUCACCAGUUUUAUCUUUGUCUCAAUACUUGUGCUUCUUCGUCUUCAUCAUGACUCUAACUAACAUGGUUGGAGUAAGGUGCUGCUUCAAACUCCUCUAUGCAAUUGUCGUGCUCAUUUUACUACACAUGAACAAUCCUUGCAUUGGAUGCAGCGAGAGGGAAAGGCAGGCACUCCUUGCACUUAAACAAGGUCUCGUGUUCGUGGAUGACUACGGCAGCAAUCCCUUCCUUUCCUGGGGAAGAGAAGCCCAAAACAAAGAUUGCUGCGAAUGGGAUGGAGUCCACUGCAGCAACCAAACUGGCCAUGUUGUUGAGCUUGAACUCCAUGAUGUGCAAGGUAAGAUUAGUCCUAAACUCAUUGAGUUGCAGCAUUUGGAAUAUUUGGACCUUAGUGAGAAUAAAUUGAGUGGAAGAAUACCUGAAAGUAUUGGACAGAUGUCCAAUAUUGUUUAUCUUUAUCUCUCGGAAAAUAAAUUGAGUGGAAGAAUACCUGAAAGUAUUGGACAGAUGUCCAAUCUUGUUCAUCUUGAUCUCUCGGAAAAUAAAUUGAGUGGAAGAAUACCUGAAACUCAUUUCUCGAAACUCCCCAAUUUAUGGUUUUUGGAUUUAUCCUCUAACUCACUAGUUUUAAACUUCAGUUUUGAUUGGGUUCCUCCCUUUCAAUUGCUUUACAUAAGUUUGGGGUCUUGUAAGAUGGGGCCGUAUUUCCCGGAAUGGCUUCGAACUCAGAAAAGUUAUAUCCGGCUGGAUAUUUCUGAUGCUGGAAUUUCUGAUAUCAUUCCAACUUGGUUUUGGGAUUUGCGAAAUGACAUUGUGUAUAAGGAUUUGUCUCGCAAUCAAAUUAGAGGAAAUUUGAGAUCAGAGUUAGCAUGUCAUUUUUUAAAUGUGAGUUGGAACCAAUUGGAGGGUCCAAUCCCUUCAAUCCUAUCAAGUGUGUCAUUGCUAGAUCUGUCCAAUAAUAAAUUUUCAGGGUCAGCUCCAUUAUUGUGCACAAGUACAACCGAGAAGAGUAAUUUACAAUAUCUUGAUCUCUCAAGCAACAAUGUGUCCGGAGAUCUUCCAGACUGCUGGAUCCAUUUUCAACAAUUAGUCUUUCUUGAUUUGAGCAACAACUCUUUAUCUGGGAAAAUUCCUACCACGAUGGGAUACUUGUUUGGUAUCGAGACACUAAAACUAAAUAAUAACAUAUUUGUCGGAGAGUUGCCUUCACAAUUGAAGAAUUGCACAAAGUUGACACUUGUUGAUGUUGGGGAAAAUAAAUUGUCAGGAUUAAUACCUGAAUGGCUAGGGGAAAAUCUUCUAAAUUUGACCAUCAUUAUCCUUCGAUCUAAUCAAUUUUAUAGGAGCAUCCCGCCACAGUUAUGCCAUCUUACACACCUUCAAAUUUUGGAUUUGUCGAUGAACAACAUCUCUGGAACUAUACCGAAAUGUCUCAACAAUUGGACUACUUUGGCUAAAAAAGGAACGUCAACUCUAAUUAUGCAUCAUCGGUCCUUUCUUUGGGACUAUAUAGAUGAAGAAUAUGUAACAUGGAAAGGAGUAAGGUCAAAAUACAAAAAUACUCUGGGACUUGUAAAGAGUAUUGAUCUCUCAUGCAAUAAGUUGAGUGGGGAGAUUCCUACUGAAGUCACUUAUCUUGUUGGUGUGGUUUCUUUAAACUUGUCGAGAAACCAAUUAACAGGUCAAAUACCUUCAAGGAUUGGAAAUUUGGAAGAGUUGGAUUCUCUUGAUUUAUCAAGAAACCAAAUAAAUGGCAGAAUUCCAACAAGUCUUUCUUGGAUAUAUCGUAUUGGUUACUUGGACUUGUCACAAAACAACUUGUCUGGAAAAAUUCCAAUAGGCACUCAGCUCCAAACCUUUGACUCUGCUUAUGGUGGAAAUCCUCUGCUUUGUGGAGAACCACUCCCAAGGACAUGCUCUGAGGAGGGAAAAGGUCCAGGACAAUCUAUGUUGGUGAAUGAAGACGACAAAGAUGGGCUCAUAACACAAGGAUUUUACAUCAGCAUGGGGCUUGGGUUUGCUGUUGGAUUUUGGGGAGUUUGCGGCACUCUUCUACUCAACAGGUCAUGCAGAUAUAUGUACUUCAAUUUCUUGACAUUUCUGAACGAUUGGUUGUACGUGAAGGUAGAAAUCAUCAGGCAAAGGAUCCUUAAUAAAUAAAAGCGCAUGCACUUUUGAGACGACAUGCUUCCCUUCAGUUGAAGAUGGAUGCGAUGAAGGACUCCUAUUUGUACUAGUUUUCGAGUAUUUGAGUGAUGAUAAGGGAUCUCACUGAAAUAAAGGAACCAUUUUAGUAGAUUAGUUGUGCUGUUAUUUGUAAGAAUUUAAUGGGAACUUCUCCCAUGAACUAUUUGGUUUGAUGUUCUUGUGUACCUCAUGGUGUAUGUUUUUUUCUUUCUCAAUGUAGGAAAUGUAGACGCAGA